ACUGGGAGACAGUGAGUUCAUGAAACACUACAGAUUGGAUCGUGCAGGAAUGAUGUUUGUCGUUGGUCUCAUUAGAGACGCACUUACUUCUCCAACCCGACGCCAACACUGCCUCUUAUCGGCCGCUCAGCAAUCCCAGACAUUGAUACAAGCCGCGGGCCUUGAGAGGGAGAUGACAAAGGAGGAUGUUUCAGUGCUUGAGGAAGGAGAUGCUACGCUUGGCUGUCGAAAUCGAGUGUCUCCCUAUCAGCGGCCAGUCACCCACCAAGUGUCCUCUGCACCAAUGCCUGACGACUGUGAAUUCGCCUUUUUCGACCCCAGCGACCCACAAUGCAAGGAGGUUCUGCAAGAUCCUUGCACCACCAUACCGGAACUGUUUGCUGUUCUUCGGCAAUGGGUUCCCCAGGUUCAGAAAAACAUUGACCUGAUUGGCAACGAGAUCAUCAAGAGAGGUUGUGGUGUAAAUGAUCGAGAUGGCCUGACGGACAUGAGCCUUCUGCACUACUGCUGCAAGGCUGGAGCCCCGGGCAUUGGUGAUGCAUAUAAAGCAGCUGCCUUUGCCCGACACCUACUUGCCCUGGGUGCAGAUCCGAAUCUUCGCUCUCGGUGGACAAACAUGAGGGCUCUGCAUUACGCUGCCUACUUUGACGUGCCCCAGCUUAUUUGUGUGGUGAUGCAGGCCUCUCAGCCUGAAGAUAUAGAUGCCACCUGCAGUGACUUUGACUUCGGCAACGCCUUGCAUAUUGCAGCAUCCAAUCUGUGCACAUCAGCUGUCAAGUGUCUUUUGGAGCUGGGAGCUAAUCCUGCUUUAAAGGACGAUAAAGGCCAGUAUCCAUUUGAUGUCGUUCCUGACCCUCUCAACAUGUCCUUGGAGAUGGAGGAUGCUGCCGCCUUGGCCAAAGAGCUCCGGACUUUACUAAGAGAAGCUUUGCCACAGCCUGGUUUCUUGCCAAGUACAUUGCAAGUCCAGCCCCCUCAUUCUCUUUAUGAAAAGGCGAGAACACAUCUGGCUUCCAUCGGAAUCCAACUUGGUGACCGUGUAAUGAUAGCUGGGAAGAAGGUUGGAAAUCUGCGAUUCUGUGGCAGCACAGAGUUCUCUGAGGGUCUUUGGGCUGGCGUGGAGCUUGACAAACCAGAGGGGAAGAAUGAUGGCUCUGUAGCAGGCAUCCAGUAUUUUACCUGUCAAUUCAAACACGGAGUAUUUGCUCCUCUUUCCAAGAUAAGCAAACCUUUGGAAAGGUGUAAAACAAGCACCAGUAAAGGGUCUACACCCGUAUGUCCCCCUCGUCGUCGCAUUCCCUCCAAGAUUAACACAGGAUUGGGUGUUUUCUCCCAAUCACUCUCUUCUUCUUCAUCCUCACUGGACUCCCGUCAUGGACGGCGUCUUAGGCCGCAUCCCAGGCAACGUCUUUCUGUCAGGCAGCAAUGGGAGCAGAGUCCUCGGAGCACACCCUCCCCAGGCCUUCUCUCUUCUCCUGGCGUAGCUGCAACAGGAAGUCUACGAAGCCAAUCCCCCUCUGCUAGGGGCCCUGAUGUGCGCCUGGGGGACAGAGUGCUGGUCGUUGGCCAGAGAACCGGCAUAGUUCAAUACAAUGGGAAGACCAGCUUUGCUCCAGGAUUCUGGUUGGGAAUUGUACUCGACACACCCAGUGGGAAGAACGACGGCUCAGUGGGUGGUGUAAGAUAUUUCAGCUGCCCACCAAGGCAUGGAGUAUUUGCUCCUCCAUCUCGUGUUCAAAGGAUUCAUGGAUCUGUUGAUUGCCUCUCAGAGCUCUCCUCGUCGCAUCUCAAUCGUCCUUUCAGCGGAACGAUCCGUCGCAGUUCAAGUACAUCGUCUACUAUCGCCGCUCCAAAGGAAACAAGCAAAAGAAGCCCUGUUACCAGGAGCCGUUCCAACCCUCAUCGCCAACGCUGGAACACCCUGAGUGGCGGCAGCCGCAGCGUUUCAGGCAAUACUGCAGGUACUGUUUCCAGUUCUGACUGCCAGGUCCGCCUCCAUGUGGGCAUGCAGGUCCUGUUGAACAGUGCCAAUGAGAUGGCGUCCAUCCGUUACUUGGGCAUAGCUGACUUCGCCCCUGGCCUGUGGCUGGGUCUCGAGCUCCGAGGCCCCAAAGGAAAGAACGACGGCUCUGUUGGUGGCCGCCGCUACUUCACCUGCCGCCCUGGCUGUGGCAUGCUUGUCCGUCCGAGCCGUGUCACCUAUCAUGGGAUCAAUGGAUCCCGCUUGGUGGAUGAAAACAGUUGAGAACAGGAAUUAUUCCAACACAACUCCAGAGAAGGUACACUUGUAGGUGGGAUCUGUUAGUGAGUCUUACAUCUAUCGAUCAGAGAUUGUUUAUUUAGAGCUUGUGGGUUAAAACCUACCUCGAUCCUCCAAGCCUGGCUAAUUGUUAUGUGAAAUACUGCACUUUAUUGAAUAAUAUUUGAAUUCCCAAUGGAAUAAACUGCAGAAGGGAGCAUUUAAAAAUAUACAAAGCAAUGCAAUACUUUUAAAUCAAAAUUAGUUUCUUAGAUCAGAAUAUAUUUAGCAGGUGAUAUGGAUAUGCACAUUUUUAAAUAUCGUUUGAAAUUUAAUAUCUCUGUAGGAUAAUUUAGGUGCAUUACCCUAAGCAGAAAUGUUUUUCAUCACCAAUAACUUGGAUACAAGGGAGUAACUACAUAUGUGUGCAUACUUGCCAACCCUCCUGGAUUUUCCGGGAGACUCCCGAAAUUCAGCGCCUCUCCUGAAAACCUCCCGGGACAAAUUUUCUCCCGAAAAUCUCCCGAAAUUCAGGUGGAGCUGGAGACCACGCCCCCUCCAGCUCCAUGCGGCCCUGAGUGACGUGUUGACAGCUUGUUCACACGUCCGCUUUCCCACAAUAUAAACAGCUAAUGAUCGAGGGCGAGUUCUUGGUUUCUUAUGUGGGUUUAUUGUUAGGCAGUUUCAUUAACGUCCUCCCAGCGCGGUAACAACACACAACAACAGCAGUCAAGUUUUCGUCUACCGUAAAGCAGUUCGUCUGCCAUAAACAGCAAUGUUGUGACACUUUUAAACAGGACAAUACUGCCAUCUACUGUACAUGCAAAUGUGACCCACCCAUAAUGUGUCACAUUUUUGUGUUGAUUUAUUUAGUCUAUUUUGUGGUUUGAAUUCGUUUUUGGAGCUGUCAUUACACAUUUAUCAGUAUUCACAUUGGUCAGUAGGGGGCAGUAGGGCGUUUCUUCCCAAUUGAAUGCUAUCACCUGCAGACCGGAAGUGUCUUGUCAUUCUGAUGAGCGCGACCAGUCUGUGAACAAUUGAAACGUCCUGUGUGCUUUUUCCUCCUGUAUAACAGGUUAGUUUUGGUGAAUCAACUCACUGAAUAAUAUCCAUGUGAUCUUUAUAAGUUUUAAGUACACAUUCUGAUGGUGGAGCCUAACUCUAAAGUGUUUGUGAGUUGUAGUUUGUAUUUGUGAAUGAAUCCAGUGCACAGCUGCAGUAAUCAAUACAAAAAGGCGACGUGAGUGCGCAAUGUUUAUAUAGGAACUUCUGAUCCUAAUUCAGACUCCCAAAUUAGAGCUCCCGUUUUCUUAUUGAUUUUAUAAUGUAUAUUUGUAUAAUGUGUGUGUUCUGAAAUAGUGACAGAGAAUAGAACAAGGAAGAACAAUUCAACCCUUAACUCAACAAUGAGUAGAUGAGUGUUAUGUGUGUGUAUAUGUGUAAAUAAAUGAACACUGAAAUUCAAGUAUUUCUUUUAUUUAUAUAUAUAUAUGUAAUAAAAUAUAUAUAUAUAUAGCUACAAUUCACUGAAAGUCAAGUAUUUCUUAUAAAUAUAUAUCUUAACCACGCCCCCAACCACGCCCCCCGCCCCACCCACGACCACGCCCCCAUGUCCCACCUCCCGAAAUCGGAGGUCUCAAGGUUGGCAAGUAUGUAUGUGUGUGUUUUACAUUAAAUUGAUGGACAUAAAGUCAGUCUAAUCAAAACUUCCAUUCUAAUACAAUUGGAGCACCACAAAUAUAUCUUACUGUACAAUGUCAAGUAAUGAUAAAAAAGGACUGAAAUGCACAUGGUUUUGAACCCAUCCUUACUUGGCAUACUAAAAUAGGAGUCUAGCAGAGAACAACCUAAAGGGGAACUGCACUUUUGUGGGAUUUUUUCCCAUCCACAAUCUUUAUGUGAGUAGUUUUCCUUUCUGUGUGUUCUAAAUAUUGUACAUCUGCUCGUACGAGGUGGCUAACAAUGCAGGUAAUGGGAUUCAUCUACCCCGCCAAUAAAGUGCUCUAAAAACCACCAACAACGCUCAAUUUACAUGCCGUGACCUGAAUAUUAACCAAGCUAUAUAGACAUUGUUAUUAUAAGAGCUACAAACCCCGUUUCCAUAU